UCAAAGUAGAGCAGUCUUUUUAAACGUUAACGUUGAGCCCUACAACGGUCGCUGUGCUUUUAGUUAUUGGGGAACAAAUCAACACUGUGGGUCAGCGGAGGAGCGCGGUGUGUUCAGACUAGCUGUUGAAGCUGAUUCGUUAUAAUGGCCGACAAUGACUCUGUGGAUGCUUCUGGGGUCUAUGAUUUCGACGCCCCGUCCCAUGUUGACUUCAUCGAGCUUUUAGACGCAGAAACCGACGACCAGUGGUUUGAAAAACAAGCUAAGGGAGCAGAUGCUAGCCCUGCCAGAUCAGACCAGCAGUUAAUGGAGACUGCUCCUUCUGAGGCGUAUGAGAACCAAGCAGAGGAAGAUGUGGAAUCUGGUCACAGCCAAACCAGUGAUCCCCCAUCAAAUAUUGUCACCUCCUGGGGUGAACCUCAGAAAUCUAUCAGGUCAAAGAGAAGCCACGCUAAUGAACACCCUACACAGCCUGGCAGGGUUUCAAAGCGUAAAGAGAUGACUUGUACUUCUCCUGCUCCUCCGUUCAAGAAAUCAAAAGGGAAUCCUGUUGCUCCAAAAUCCAAAACUGGCCAACUGCCUUCCAGAGCCAGUUUUCGUAGGAGUGAGAGGCUGAGUUCAAAGAUGACUCAAAAGGCCCCCUCCACACAACAAGGGUUGAGCAAAUCUGAAGAGCUGGAGUUGGAGCACAUCAGAAGCCUUCAGAGGGAAGUGACCCUGCAUCGCAAGAAAAACGAGGCCAGCUACAAAGCUGCUCUUGCUGGCAAACCACCACCAAAGAAAAUCGCUCUGUCUACAACCGUGCCUAAGGACUUCCACUUCAACACAGACUCUCGCAUUAAAGCACCUGCCUCAUCAGGCACGUCGCACAAGGAGGUGGACUUCGUACAUCAGCUACGCCAGCCCACAUCCCCCAUGAAGGCCAGGAAAGGAGCCACGGUACCCAAACCAUUUAACCUGUCUUCAGGCCACAAGAAUAGGAAGGACGAGCCUGGGAAUUACGUUCCUAUGGCUCAGCAGAUAGAGCAGUUUGAGAAGAGGACCCCCACCCGCUACCACAUGUGCAGCCGCAAAACUCAAGAGAGAGGGCCUUCUCAGGUGAAGAGUCAGCACCUGCAUAUCACACAGCCCCACUCGCCCCAGCUGAUGACCCGUCAGAGAAGCCGACCUACUACUGUGAAGAGCAGUGCAGAGCUGGAAGCAGAGGAGCUGGAAAAAAUCCAGAAGUUUAAAAUCAAAGCCUUAGAGCUCAACAAAAAGAUCCUAGAAGGUGCUGAGGAGCUGAAGAAGCCCCCUGUGAAGGAGCCCACUGUACCUGAAGGCUUUGAGUUGGAGAUAGAGAAGCGGCUCCAGGAAAGACAGGUCCACAAGAAGCCGCAGGAUGGUGAGAAGCCCAACAGUUUUAAAGCAAAGCCUCUGCCUAAAAAGGUCCUGGAUGGCGUGGUGGGCUUACCAGAGAAGAAAGUCAUGUAUCCAACUGUACCAGAAUCUCCUGCAUUCGCCCUGAAGAACAGAGUUCGUAUGGAACGUAAAGUUGAGGAGGAGAAACCGCCUUCACCGGUCAAAGCUGUCUCAGUUCCCCACUUUGGCAUUCCAUUCCAGCCUCAGCUCCCCGAGAGCCACCAUGUGGAGGUGUGUCCUUUCUCAUUUGAGCAGAGGGACAAAGAAAGACAGGCUCUAAAGGAGAAAAGGCUGGCGGAGCUGCAGAAUGAAGAGGUGCCACAGUUCAAGGCUCAGCCACUCCCAGACUUCAACACAGUGGUCCUUCCUGAGAAGAAGAAGCCUGAACCGACCAAACCUGAACCCUUCAGACUCCAGAUUGAUGAGCGAGGGGCAGCGAGGCACAGGCAGUGGGAGCAGAUGUUGAAGGAGGAGCAGAAACAACAGGAGGAGGCAGCCGUAUUCAAAGCCAGGCCCAACACGGUCGUUCACAAAGAACCGUUCCGACCCAAAAAGGAGAACCGGACGAUUAUGGACAUUAAUUCUUCUACAGUGGUGGAGCCCUUUGCAUUGGCUACGGAGCGCAGAGCCCAAGAGUGGCAGGAGUAUGAGCGCCUGAUCGCUGAGAAGGAGGCUCUAAGGGCGCGCAUGGAGGCUGAGCAGAGACUGGAGGAGGAGCAGAGGGAAAGGGAGGAGAUCGCCAGGCUGCGGCAAGAACAGGUCCACAAAGCUCAGCCCAUCAGACGCUACAGACGAGUUGCUGUGAAGAAGAGCGAAGUUCCCCUCACAGUCCCAGAGUCGCCCAACUUCUCCAAACGUUUCCGCUAACAAGCAGUGAAGGUUUUACUGGGCCAAAUAUUUGUUUUUAUUUUUUGUAAUAAAGUGGUUGUUACUUUGAUAUGCUACUGCAAUGUGUUACUACAAUGAUAGUUUAGCUCGUCUUCUCUCAGCCUCAACAGAUGUUUCAGCUUCCUUAUAAUAAGUGUUUUGUUAAAUGUCUGAGGUUCUUUUAAUUAAAAUUCUGUAAAAUCUCA